AUCUAAGAGCGGAAAUAGAAUUUUCUGGCAAUGAAUCGUUAUUGGGAAGUUUUUGUGUGUAUUUUGUUGAAAUGAUUAGAACGUUUUAAAUAAUUAAUCCAGUUACAUCGGGGAAUAUCCUUGUGCUCUCUGUAUUAUUUAUCAAAAAUGGCUAUUGAAUCAGCUUCGGGUGACGCCAAAAGAGGACAAACUAGUGCCUAUAAAGAUAAAAGUAAACCGGCUGAUAUACGGAGCAGCAAUAUCAAUGCUGCCAAAGCUGUGGCAAGUGCUAUUCGGACCAGCCUGGGUCCAAAAGGAAUGGAUAAAAUGAUCCAAAGUGGAAAGGGGGAGGUGACCAUCACCAAUGAUGGUGCCACGAUCUUGAAAGAGAUGGAAGUGAACCACCCUGCUGCCAAAAUGCUGGUGGAGCUGUCCAAGGCACAGGACGUGGAGGCGGGCGACGGGACCACCAGCGUGGUGGUGCUCGCCGGCAGCCUGCUCGAGGCGGCAGAGAAGCUGCUCCAGCGGGGCAUCCACCCCACCUCCAUCUCCGAGGCCUUCCGCCUGGCCGCCGAGAAGGCAGUCGAGAUCCUCGCAGAGAUCUCCCUGCCCGUCGAGCUGAGCGACCGCGACAGCCUCGUCAAGAUCGCCUCCACCUCCCUCAACUCCAAGGUUGUAUCACAGCAGUCCAGUAUGUUGGCACCAUUGGCUGUAGAAGCUGUGAUGAAGAUUGUUGACCCUGCAAAGGACACAAAUGUUGAUCUUCAGGAUAUUAAGGUAAUCAAGCAGCUAGGUGGGACAAUUGAAGACACCGAACUGAUAGAAGGAUUGGUGUUCACUCAGAAAGCUGCCAACGUGAGUGGGCCCCGGCGAGUGGAGAAAGCAAAGAUUGGACUGAUCCAGUUCUGCAUCUCCCCUCCAAAAACAGAUAUGGACCAUAACGUGGUAGUUUCAGACUACACGGCUAUGGACCGAGUGUUGAAGGAAGAGCGGGCAUACAUAUUGAAUAUUGUCAAGCAGAUCAAAAAAGCCGGCUGCAAUGUUCUGCUCAUCCAGAAGUCAAUACUUAGGGAUGCAUUGUCUGAUCUUGCCAUUCAUUUCUUGGACAAGAUCAAGGUAAUGGUAAUCAAAGACAUUGAACGAGAGGACAUUGAGUUUGUUUGUAAGACCAUUGGUUGUCGGCCAAUCGCAAGUUUGGACCAUUUCUUGCCUGAACACCUUGCCAGUGCAGACCUUGUUGAGGAGGUGCAGACUGGGGCCAACAAGUUUGUUAAGGUGACUGGGAUACAGACCCCGGGGCGCACUGUGACCAUCCUGGUGCGAGGCAGCAACAAGCUGGUCCUGGAGGAGGCGGAGCGAUCUCUUCACGACGCCCUGUGCGUGAUACGGUGCCUCGUCAAACAAAGAGCUCUAAUUGCUGGUGGAGGAGCCCCGGAAAUGGAAGUGUGCUAUCGACUAUCGGAGUAUGCUCAGACUGUCACGGGUGUUGAGGCUUACUGCUUGAGGGCAUUUGCAAAUGCAAUGGAGGUGAUUCCCUUCACGCUGGCAGAGAAUGCAGGUCUCAAUCCCAUUUCAACAGUGACUGAAAUGCGUAACAGGCACGCAGAGAGUGAUGUUCACGCUGGCAUCAACGUGAGGAAGGGCUCCAUAACCAACAUCCUGGAAGAGAAUGUAGUUCAGCCAUUGUUGGUGUCUACUAGUGCCAUCAAUCUGGCAUCAGAGACUGUUCGCAGCAUUCUCAAGAUUGAUGACAUAGUGAGUAUUUCUUCAGCCACCUUGGAACUAGAUAUUUUGCUUAGAAAUUAUGAUUAAAUUUUAAAUCACAUUCGUUAUCAUUUAUUUCGUGAACUAGACAAAAUAAUCAUUACAAGUAGCUGUUGCAUCUCGUAAAAGAAGAAAAGUUUGUUUAAAUUGACGUGUAUGUUGUGUGAAUAGCAGUUUGUCAUUACUAGCUACAUAUAUGUGUAUAAAAUAGGUUUUGUGAAUCCAGCCGUAGGUUUGCUGACAUGAUGCAGUAUGUGUGUGCCCAAAUAUUUUCCAUCAGAUCUAUGCUAUUAUUUUUCUCAAUGUUUUUAACUGAGCUGAUUUAGCUCCAAAAUUAGUUAGCAUGCCAUGGUUAAAGACCCCAGAAGAUAAAAUUUUGACCAAAAGCAGUACAAAAAAUUGGUACUAGAACAUAAAAGUUUUGCAAAAGUCUGGUGUAAAAAUUAUUUUCUGAAAUAUGGUAUCAAAUUUAUAUUUAUUGUCUUUUUAAAAAAAUUGUAUGUAAUCAAUAUUUUAUACUUACAUAAAAUAGUUUAGUAGUUGUGUGUGUGCUUAAUCUUAAAGAGCAAGUACAUAGUCUGAGUUAUUUCAUAAGUUUGAAAGUUUGACAUUGAAUAGGGAGAUUUAUGUUUUGGAGCAUGCAACUAAAUCCUUAUUCAAUCUUGUGCAGGUUAACACGAUGACAUAAGAUGUAAUUCUUCUGUCAACUGAAAAAUGCUGUAAGUCUAUCAAUAAAAUCGUGUAAGUAAAAUUUUAUUAUGACUUUUUUUUUAUUUAAGAUGGAAUGGAACAAUUCUGUGCGAGAAUGAAAUUGUGAAGUAGAGAUGGUCACUGUUUGACAAUGCAGUAAAUGUUUGUGCAAGUGUGUGUGUGUGUGGAUAAUAUUAAUGAGUGCUAAAAUAAGUGUUUUAAUUAUAAAUCUUAGUUCACUACUGAGUGAAACGCCAUAUUUUCUAGCAAUUGAGUUUCUUAGGUUCCAUUAUAUUAUUCAAUUAAAUGCCAUACUUUGACCUCAAUUUACAUAGUGGACAUUCUCACUGUUCACAUCUUGUAUACAACCCAACAACUUCAUUUUAUUUAUUGCAUGAAUCAAUUUUCUAGAAACUAUAGUCAAAUGUUUAAGUUCUGUACUUAUCUCCAUAAAAAAUAAAAUUAUUUCCGAUCCAAAUAAUUGUUUCCAAAACAUUUUAAAUGUAUUAACAAGUAGGAACUUCAGUUAACUUAUUUAAACUUUAUUAUUCCUUUACCAUUUUUUCAACCAUAUGCAAUCAUGAAUUUUUUCACUCAGUACAUAAUUAUAUACUCUAAAAAGUUUGAAGUGAUGCUUAUUUAUCUGGCAUAUGUUACAGCUGGAGGAGUUGGAGCUGAACUACCAACAAAUGCUGCCUACCAAGAUAUUAAUUAUUUGUGCUAAUCAUUUCCACAUUUGCUUUGUACGUCACUAUUUGCUAUGUAAACAAGAUUAAAAUAAAAUUGUAACAAAUUA